AUGGACAAACCACAGACUCCCAAGCUGCCACUCCCCAUACGCAGCGGUGCCGAUAUAAUACCUUCGUCGUCUCCGGCUUUUGGAACUCCAGCUAGGCCAGUUCGUACUUGUAGCAAGCCCAACAGUGCGCUUCAUGGCAAAUCAUCCGUCCUACCUGUCCUUAUACCCCCUGCUCUACUACGACCCUUGGCAUUUCGAACCUUCACACGAAAACAUGACUUAACCAUCUCCUCAAACACGCUUCAGACCCUGGCAACUUUUAUCGGCAAAAACUGCGGCUCGAGGUGGCGCGAGGAUGGACUUGCUGAGCGUUUACUCGACGAGGUGGCUAAACUAUGGAGGAAAAACGGCGGUGGGGUGAUCGUGGAGGAAGGCAAUGGGGCUUCUAUUAAAGCUAUCCUUGCAAUGGUGGAGAAUAAUAUGUCCAAUGGCAAGGUUGUUUCUGGGAAGUUAACAGAUCAAGAGGAUCGUCGGGGAAGUCAUGCCGGGCUUACAAGUACCGAGGAAACGAACAACCGGACAGGUGAUGAAGAUGACGAAAAUAUGUCUACGGAUCCAAGGCGAUUGAUGAAAGUUAUUGAUGCUUUUGAUCAGCCUCGCUUGACAUAUAAUCCGAACAAGAAGCACUUUGAGACAGCAACGGGCAGUCCGUCCCUCUUCCCCAACCCUUCUCAUCAGAUUGCGUUCUGGCGAGAUAAAUACAACCUCGUGUAUCAGAGGUUACUACGCAACGAGUCAUUCCAAGCAUCGUCUCUCUUGAACAACAAUAGGCAAUCAUAUAAAAUCACACCAAUUGCAAAUUUGCUGGGGAGAAGCGGAUCGUCGCAUAUGUGCUUAGGUCUGUUGUCAGUUUCCCCGGCCGGAGAGCUGUCACUUACCGACAUGACAGGGAGCAUCAUGUUGGAUUUAUCCAAUGCCGUUCCCAUCCCGAAUAAUAAUGGCGCAUGGUUUUGCCCCGGAAUGAUAGUUCUUGUCGAAGGAGUGUAUGAAGAAGAGGAGAUAGUAAAAGGGUCUGUGUUGGGUGGUAACAGCGGUAUCGGAGGUGCUAUAGGGGGCAAGUUCCUGGGCAUAUCUAUUGCUGGACCGCCUUGUGAAAAACGCGAGGUGACUCUCGGAAUGAAUAGCAUCAACACAAAUGGGGAUAUUGGCACCAGUGGCGGAUUCGGCUGGGUUGAUUUUCUCGGCGUGGGCAGCGAACGUGCCCAGGGUGCGCGGAUGAGAAAACUUGAACAUAGAAACCGACAACAGAUUGAUGGGAUUGAAAAUCAAGGGAACGGACGGCGCAGCAUUGUUAUUCUGUCAGAGAUUCAUUUGGAUAACACCAGAACAUUUGAAGCUUUGAGGAGUGUAUUCGACACAUACAGUGCUCUUCCUUUUGAGGAGUUGCCCUUGGCUUUUCUGAUGAUUGGCAAUUUCAUCGAGAAAAUCGGGUUUGGCCAAGGCAAUGGUGGCAAUAGCAUCGAAUAUAAGGAAUGCUUUGACAACCUGGCUUCGGUGUUGUCCGAUUUUCCAGCCCUGUUGACUCAUACAACGUUCAUAUUCGUUCCUGGUGAUAAUGAUCCCUGGGCUUCGACUUUUUCUGCCGGCGCAUCAACUGCCAUUCCUCGAAAAGCAGUUCCUGAUUUAUUCACAUCAAGAGUGAAACGUGCAUUUACAACAGCCAACAAUGAUUCUCGAGACUCGGGGUCAAAAUCCACACCAGGCGAAGCUAUUUGGACGUCUAAUCCCUCACGAAUCUCUCUCUACGGACCAGUCCACGAACUCGUCGUUUACCGGGACGAUAUCUCGGGCCGCCUGAGACGCAGCAGUGUGCAUUUUAGUGAUCAUACGAACCAUUCCCAAUCACAGACUCCAGCCGAAUCCGAAGGCAUGAUGAUAAUCGACGACGACGCCAACGAAGAUAAAAGAAAACCACCACCCACACCACCCUCGACCCUCGCCGGUAGAAAACUGGUAAAAACAAUUCUCGAUCAGGGCACCCUCUCCCCAUUCCCGAUCACUUCGAAACCCGUUUUGUGGGACUAUGCAAGCUCCAUCCAGCUCUACCCGUUGCCAACAGCGCUCGUCCUCGCGGAUAGCGAGGUAGCGGCGUUUGCAACUACGUAUGAAGGCUGUCAUGUGAUGAACCCUGGCAAGUUUCUACCGGACGAUAAACGAGAUCCUGUGACGUGGCUUGAGUAUGAUGUCUUGAAGAAGAAGGCUAGAGUUAAGCAGAAGCGAGUGUAG